AUGAGUGCAAAGGUGGAAAUGCAGGCUCUUGGAGAACAGGAUGCAAUGACCUAUGAUGACGUGAAUGUGAAAUUCACUGUGGAAGAGUGGGCUUUGCUGGAUCCUGCCCAGAAGAGUCUCUACAGAGAGGUGAUGCUGGAGACCUGCAGGAACCUCACUGCCAUAGGGUACAAUUGGGAAGACCAUCACAUUGCAGAGAAUCUUCAUAAUUCUAGAAGAUCUAGAAGAGCAGUGAUGCAUAAGAAAGUGAAUUCUAUAAACACCAUCAAUUGA